AAGAACAUUUUCUGAGACUUUCCAGUCUGUUGGAGUAGGGGAUUCUUCUUACUUCUCUGAUUCUUCAGCAGUGGAGAGACAUGGAAGCAAAUGCGAUACUUCUCUCUCAUGACCCUGAAGAAUUUUGGGAUGGGGAAGAGGAGCAUUGAGGAGCGAGUCCAAGAAGAGGCAAAGUGCCCAGUCGAGGCAUUAAAAACAACCAAUGGGAUGCCCUGUGACCCCACAUUCAUCCUUGGGUGUGCUCCCUGCAAUGUCAUCUGCUCUAUCAUUUUCCAGAAGCGUUUUGAAUAUCAUGAUCAGAAAUUUCUACAUUUAAUGGAAAUUUUAGAUGAAAAGGUCAAGAUCCUGAGUUCGCCAUGGGCACAGAUCUACAAUCUCUUCCCAGCUUUGGUACAAUAUUUCCCAGGACAUCAUCACAAAUUAUUUAAGAACUGUCAAGUACUGCAUAAUUUUAUUUUAGGGAAAGUGAAAGAGCACCAAGAAUCCCUGGACCCCAACAACCCUAAGGAUUUGAUUGACAGUUUCAAAUGGAGCAGGAAAAGAAAAAAACCACAAUCUGAAUUUACCAUGGAAAAGUUGGCCUACACUGUGUCUGAUAUAUUUGGUGCAGGAAUAGCAACAACCAGUACCACUCUGAGAUAUGGCCUUCUGCUUUUCCUGAAACACCCUGAGAUAACAGAUAAAAUUCGCGAAGAAAUUGACCGUGUGAUUGGCCAAAACCGAAGUCCCUGCUUGAAGGACAGAAACAGCGUGCCUUACACAGAUGCUGUGAUCCAUGAGAUAGAAAGAUAUACUGAUCUGGUCCCAGCCAAUCUGACCCAUUCUGUGGCACAAGAUACUAAGUUCAGACAAUACCUAAUCCCUAAGGGCACUACCAUAAUACCAUUACUGACUUCUGUUCUAUAUGACAAGAAAGAGUUCCCCAAUCCAGGCCAGUUUGACCCAGGACACUUCCUGGAUGAAAGUGGCAACUUGGAGAAGAGUGACUAUUUCAUGCCUUUUUCAACAGGAAAAUGGUUAUGUGCUGGUGAGGGCCUGGCUCAGAUGGAAUUAUUUCUGUUUUUUACUACCAUCUUACAGAAUUUUACCUUGAAAUCUCCAAUUGACCUAAAAGAUAUUGACACCACCCCAGCUGCCAGUGGAUUUGGCAAAAUAUCUCUCUCCUUUAAGCUUUGCUUCCUCCCAUCCCAAAACAUGUGAGAGAAUCCAACUUCUCUAGUGUCUAGGAACAUGCUACUCUCACUCAUUCCCUGGCCUGAGGAUGAAAGUCCUCUGUGAUUUCAAUCCAAACUACCUUCCUAGCUCAGUCUCCCAUUACUUCCUCUGACUUUUGAGAAAAUACAUGCCCUGCUCCCUCUAACCCCACCCCAACAUUCUCCAGAUACUCCCUGUAUCUGAAAUAUUUCCUUUACUCAACUCUACUGGAUGAACUCUUACCCACUUUCAAAUCACAAUUCAGAUGCCAUAUCCCCAUUUACUUAUUACUAUACAAAUUAACACUCAAUUAUAUGUCCAUCCAUUUGUUCUUGUUC